AUGCGCAUUGCGUCCUGCUUUUGGCCGCUCCGCGCAUCGCGCCUACCAGGCCGCCGCCGUCGCAAUGCGCAAUGCGGCCACCCUGCCGGGCGCAUUGCGACGAUCCGCCACCGUGAUGCGCUAACCCGCCGCUCAGCGAGUCGCGCCUCUCUGGCUACCGCCGAGGCCAGGGUGCCCAUGCACUCUCGUCUGCUAGCCUCCCCUCUCGUGCUCUCUUGUCUCCUACCCAUCUUUCCUCACUCCCUCGCAUGCCGUGUCAUCCCCGGCCAAAGCCUCGAUUACUCCCCUCUAGUUACGUUGAGUCUUCUCUCCAUCCCUCUCGCACACCCCCUCUCAUACACACUCAUCGCCUCUCCAUCCCUCUCGCUCACCCCCUCUCGUACACACUCAUCCCCUCUCAUCCCCUCACACACACUCCCGUUCCCUCUCAUCCCCUCUCAUUCACUCUCAUUCCCUCUCAUUCUCUCUCAUUCCCUCUCAUUCCCUCUCUUUCCCUCUCAUCCCUUCUCAUCCCCUCUCAUUCACUCUCAUACACUCUCAUACACUCUCAUCCCUUCUCAUCCCCUCUCAUUCACUCUCAUACACUCUCAACCACUCUCAUCCACUCUCCUAAUCUCUCAUACUCUCUCAUAA